GGGCUGGCAUAGGGAUAAGAAGGACCACUAUAUACUAAUGAACCACAUUGGCUUGGAAACUACAAUUUUAUGUGACAGUUACAUGCACAGCACUGUGCUUCUUGAUCUUCACCUCAAAGUAAUUCAAGAUGGAAGAAGCACCACAAAGGUAUGCAGUUGUGACUGGUGCAAAUAAAGGAAUUGGACUAGAGAUUGUGAGGCAGUUAGCUUCAGUUGGGAUCAAGGUGGUGCUCACAGCAAGAAAUGAGAAGAGAGGUCUUCAAGCAUUGGAAAAUCUAAAAGCCUCAGGUCUAUCUGACCUUGUAGUGUUUCAUCAGCUAGAUGUGGCUGAUGCUGCAAGUGUAACUCAUUUGGCAAAUUUUGUCAAAUCUGAAUUUGGAAAACUUGAUAUUCUGGUUAACAAUGCAGGGGUUGGUGGAGUUGAAAUUAAAGACAGUGAUUUAUACUCUUUAGUAAUCACUACGCGCCGGGAAGUAUCUCAAGACGACAAGAAAAAGGCAAUGACUCAAACAUAUGAGUUAGUUGAAGAUUGCAUUCAAAUAAAUUAUUAUGGGGCUAAAAGAACAACUGAAGCUCUUCUUCCUCUCCUCCUCCUAUCUGAUUCACCAAGAAUUGUGAAUGUAUCAUCCACAUUGGGGAAGUUAGAGUUCAUGACAAAUGAAAGUGCUAAAGGAAUCUUCAGUGAUGCUGAUAGCCUUACAGAAGAGAAGGUGGAUGUAGUAUUGAAGGAGUUUCUCAAAGAUUUCAAAGAAGGGUCAUUAGAAAGCAAAGGGUGGAGUGGUUUUAGUGUCUAUAGUGUCUCUAAAGCUGCUAUGAAUGCCUAUACUAGAAUUCUCGCCAAGAAAUACCCAACAUUCUGCAUCAAUAGUGUUUGCCCUGGUUAUGUCAAGACAGAUAUAACUGCUAACACUGGCAUUUUAACAGUUGAAGAAGGUGCUGUUAGUCCUGUGAGGCUAGCACUGCUUCCUAAUGGUAGUCCUUCUGGCCUGUUCUAUCAGAGAAGUGAGGUGUCCUCCUUUUGAUUAAUAUAUGGUACAAUUUUAUGAACUAGAGGACAAACUGCACUGCUUGUAAUCCUCUUGGAUGAUGUGUUAAAAUGCUAAGAUAUUUAAU